AUGGCCGAGACGAACGGAAUUGGUUUAAAGGCUCCUAGUCAGCAGGUGAAGCGCCGAGCUUGUGUUAUCUGUCGUCGUCGUAAGCUGCGGUGCGAUGGCAUCAGGCCUCUUUGUGGGAAUUGUUCCAGACUUGGUCAUGAGUGCGGUUACGAUGAGACUCGUCGUAAAUCUGGACCUCGUCAAGGUUACGUCAAAGGUCUUGAGAACAGACUUGCACAAGUCGAAAAGCUCCUCGAAUCGGCGCAAGAACUAAGGAUCCAGGACCCACCUCAGCAGAGUGAACACGGUCAGAGCCAGCAACAGCAACAGCAACACCUCCAGUUCAGUGGUAUGGUCCCGCAACCACAGAUCAUGCCUCCGAUGCCGCAGCAGCGUGAGAUCACCAACUUCAUUCCCGGAAUGAUCCCAAUUGGACCGCCGACCAAUGCGAUGAACGUGGCGACGACAGCUUCCGGUGUCGGCAACGAUCUUAAUAUGACGACGCCUGGACAAUGGCAACCAAUCGAUGGUACGUAUAAGCCCAACGAUAUCUUCAACUCCCUCGAUCUCUCCAACAACCGGUUUCAGCUUCCUCAACCCACAAUCGCUCAACCGUCCACUCCCGCAAUUUCUCAACCACAGAUCCCGAACUUGCAAAGCUUCGAGUCGAUGUCGAGUGAGGAGGCCGAUGCCCAGUUUGACGAGUUGUGGGAGCUGAUGCGUAUGAACCCACGUGAAGAGGAUUUACCCCCGUCCAACCUCAUCGACGUCCUCAACCGCCGAUUCUGCGACACGAUGUGGCACGCAAUGCCAAUCCUUCACCGAGGACGUUUUCUCUCCCGUCAACUUGUACCACCGGGAGCGAGGCCGGUGUUGGCGUUGAGGUUUGCAUGUUGGGCACUUGCGGCUGCGGGGCAUGAGGAUGUGAGGUUGAACGCGUUGGCGGAUGGGUACUAUUCCCGUGCGAAACUCGAAAUUCAUAAACUGGAGACGGGAAGGGAGAGUAAAUCGAUCUGUGACCUGGGUGUGAUCCAGGCGUACACCUACGUCGCCGUCUACGAGAUCCACCACGCAUACUGGCCUUCCGCAUGGAUGUCCGUUGGUGCGGCGGCACGGUGUGCGCUCAUGAUGGGUCUGCAUCGUAUUGAUUCCGGUGAGCCGCUGACGGGAAAAGCACAAAAGACACAGAAGAAGUGGGGGAUCCGUGAGGCGGAGGAUCAGUCUGAGCUUGAAGAACGUCGUCGUACGUUUUGGGGAGUGUUUGCGCAGGAUAGGAAGGUGAGUGUGGGGACUGGGUGGCCGUGUGCGUUGCAUGAGAGUGAUGUUACCACCAAUCUUCCUGUGUCGGAAGCUGAGUGGGAAAGGGAUGAUAUUGGGGAGGAGAGUGAAGGUGAACCACUCUUCCCUCUGCAUGUGACGAGUAUGAACCAGAAGACAAGUCCGUGGGGUGCAUUGCUGAGGGCGAGUGCCCUCUUGGGCAAGAUCUCGGAACACAUCAAUCGUGAGAGUCGAAGCCAAUGCAUGCCCUACUCCGAACGUCAUAAAGCCCUCGACAACCUCAUCCAAAACACCCUCUCCUCCCUCCCCCUCCACCUCCGCGUCCUCAACGGUAGCGUCGACCCCCGCGUGCUGUGUCUCAACCUCGGUUUCCUGACAUGUGUGAUUCACCUCCACGCCGCAGUCCUCGAGACGACGAGUUCGUGUGCGGUCACUUUGGAUCGUGAGGGGAGCGUAAGUAGGUGUUACUCCGCCUCAAUGGAGAUGGCGAAUUUAUUGAGGUUGACGAAGGACAUGCCCAUUUCGUUCAACUACAUGAUCACGAAUCGUGGGUUCUCGCUGUACUCUGGUGGGCGCGUCCUCGUCCUCCUGCUUAACGCUUCUAACGAAGCUGGGAACAAGAUUGUUCCAGGAAUGGGGGUGAGAGACGAAAUGCGCGACGCACUCCAGGUCAUCCUCGAGAACUUGGGAAAGGAAGCAGCAUAUUGUUCCAUGUCCGGAAUGUACGUCGCCCAACUCCAAGCCGAACUCGUCUCCGGAUCCCGUCCCGAAGGCGGCUGGUGCGGUGACAAAGUCAUUAUCGAACCCCAAGACGUCGCUGGCCUUGGCCGUCCCUCCGCUCAGCCUUCAACCCCGCCGGGGUUCCACCACGGCUCAACAACCAAUAGCGACGAAAGCAUGCCACAAAUGAGUGAUAGCUCGAGUUCACACGUCCACUCCGCCGACCCAUCUCCCCUCCAACAACCAGAAUCCUCAUUCUUCCCCGAUCACAACGACUCCAAUGACCCCGCAGUCGGCGUCGGAAGGCGUCGUAGCAGUGCAUGGAGCGCUGAUCAGGAAUGGGAAUAUGUCACCCAGAUGAACCACAACCACAACACUGGCACCGCCGCAAUGGGUAUGAACAUGGGAAUGAGUGCGGAGAUGGUGAUGCAGAUGGAGCAAUUUCAGAUGCAACGUAUGAUGCAAGCGAGUGCAGGUCAAGGAUCACCGGGACCGCAGCCGGUGCAGGGUGCGAUGAAGAAUGGGAUGGGGGAUCCUCUUAUGGCAAUGGGUGGGGAACCGGGGGAGGUUGAGAUGUUGGAUGAGAUCCAGCAGCUGUAUUAUUAG